UGUGUAAAUUCGUUACAAAAGUACUGUAUUUGAAAGCAUUAUUAUAAACAUCAAAAUUUGUUCUCUUCUCAAAAAAUUACAAGCAUAUACUAGAAGUCUAAUAUCAUAUAAUUAUAAUGUAAUUAAUUGCGUAAAUAUGUUAAUAGUAUGGAACGUAACACAGAAUGCACCCUUGGACUUGAGUAGACAUGGGACUGCAUGGAAAACUGAUGUUAUUAGUACUUUGAAAUUUCAACGACGUCUUCCCUGUCAAACUUGUGGUAAAAGUUUUGACAGACCUUCCCUUUUAAAAAGACACCUGCGAACGCACACAGGCGAAAAGCCACAUGGUUGCGCAAUAUGUGGGAAGAUGUUUAGCACGAGCAGCUCAUUGAAUACUCACGUUAGGAUUCAUACUGGUGAACGUCCUCAUGAAUGUCCAAUGUGCGGAAAGCGUUUUACAGCAUCGUCGAAUUUGUAUUACCACCGCAUGACGCAUUAUAAGGAAAAACCACAUAAGUGUGAUGAAUGUGGACGAUCCUUUCCAACUCCCGGUGAUUUAAGGGCUCAUGGAUAUUCUCACACCGGUAAUUGGCCCUUACGUUGUCCCGUCUGUAACAGGGGAUUUUGCAAACUUGGCGCCUUACACCAUCACAUGAAAUCACAUGGUGAUCGUUCUUAUUAUGGUUUCUAUAAUCAGAAGCCUCCCGUCAUCAAUAAUUUACAAAUUCCUGAGGGUUUACAACAGCAUUCGCAUGUGUCAAAUAAUAAUCCAGCUGAUUAUAUGAGUAUACACAAUGGCAUUUCAAGCGUAGAGAUUAUCAAGUUUGAAGGCUUCAAUUGUAUGCAAUUACCUACGACAUAUCCAUGGCCUUCUCUCUCUUGGAUGCCGUUACAAUUCAAAAAUUAA